AUGACAAAUACUACUACUACUUCGAAUUCUGUGUCUUCUCGGAGCCGAGCCAUUCCCUUGAAUAGUGCAGUUGCUCCACACUUAGCAAUAAUGUCUAGUUCCUCUGCUUCACCAUAUCCUCCACUACCUGCAACAAUGACCAAUCCACCCCCUAUCGUGCAAUAUCCAACUUUAACAGCUGGUCAAGCUAGUUCAACGUAUUUACGAUCAAACAUUAAUCCAGUCAACGCGGCUUCAACCGCACACGCGAUUGGUUCUUCUACACAUUCGACUUAUUAUAACCAUCCACUCGCUUCUUCUUCAGCUCUUCCCAUGAACUUGUCUAACUCAAGCACACAGUUGAAGUCCGCACCUCCAAAACCUAAACUUCCGGAAUACCUUGCUAACACAAGCUUUGCAGAGCUGUAUAAUAAAGCGCAUGCGGAAAAGUUUUCAGGGGACAAUAGUGAAGAAAAAGCGCGAUUAUGGCAUGUAAUUAACGCAACGCCGAUGCCACCAGUUUCAUCUCCUCUCGCUUCUGCACCUAUCUCCCAAGCCGCAUCAGAAGCAAAUCUUACAGCCAAUGCACAUCAGCUUAUUUUAUCAUACCUUAUUCACCACGGAUUUAGUGAAACUGCCAAGGCAUUCUCUAGAGAUGCUGUACGGAUUUCUCAAACAUACAACAAUGAAAUGAAUGAAAUGGAGGGUGUAGAAAGUGAAAAUCCGUCGGUAGAUAUGGAUAUGGAUAUGUUGAAUCGGCAGAGAAAUAUUGACCUUGCUAUUGAAUUAACUGAUAAAUGCUACUCUGAUGUUUUACAAUCUAAUGAUGAUAUUCUUUUCCAACUUCGAUGCCGUAAAUUUAUUGAAAUGAUAGGCGCUUGUGCGGGAACCAAAAUAACGUUAUCAGAUAAUGAAGAUGUUAGUAUAAAGGUUGAUAAUAGUCAUACAAUGAGUGAAGAAGAUGAUACUGAUGAUGAAGAAGUUAAUGAAAGCACUGAGGAAGAUGAAGACGAUGAUGACGAAGAGGAUGAAGAUGAUGAGUAUAAAGAUGCAAUGGAUGUUGAUGAGUUCAGUGCCAUUAUUUCUCAAAGUGAUUGUGAGUCAGACGAUGAGAUAGAUGGUCCAUUGACUCCACAUAAGAAGAGAAGAGUGCCUAAAAGACGAAAAGUUACAUUGGGAUUGGAUGGAUUAGAUGAUGCAAUGAAGGCAGCAUUAAAAUUUGGUUGUGAGUUACAUGAUGAUUACCGUGACGAUGAUCGUGAAGAAAUAAAAAAUGCUCUAAAGGAUGCAUUUUCAUUAAUGGCAUACGAUGAUCCCCGCAUUAGCUGUGUGGCGCAUUUACUUGACCCUUCUGGUCGAGAACCGGUCGCAAAUGCAUUAAAUAGUGCAAUAUUGGUAUCACAAGGGAAACCGAAAAUUCCUUCAUUAGAGCAAGUUUAUCGACAGGCUUCGGUAGUCCUUCAUGAAUUAUCUAGGAAUGGUGUUGGUUCAAGUGCUUUUGUAAAUGUGCGCAAGGAUUGCUUAAUUUAA